GAAGUUGAGAAUAAUUUCUUUUGGAAUACACCAGUUCUGUGGACAACAAUGUGAAGCACAUUGUUGGCCCUUCGAGAAGUUGAGAAUAAUUUCUUUUGGAAUACAACAGUUCUGUGGACAGCAAAGAAGAAUAAUAUACCAGUUCAUUGGACAACAUUGAGUGAAGAACAUUGUUGGCCCUCCAAAAAGUUAAGAAUAAUUUCUUUGGAAAACAAUAGUUCUAUGGACAGAAAAGAAGAAUAAUACACCAGUUCUGUCGACAACAACGUGAAGCACAUUGUUGGCCCUCCAAGAAGUUAAGAAUAAUUUUUUGGACAGUAAAGAAGAAUAAUACACCAGUUCUGUGGACAACAAUGUGAAGCACAUUGUUGGCCUCCCAACAAGUUGAGAGUAAUUUCUUUUGGAAUACACCUGGAUAGCAAAGAAGAAUAAAGAAAAGGAAAAAAGACAAAAAGUAUAAGUAAAUAAAUAAAAAAUGUACCUUACUUAAGCAUAGAGUGAAUUACGUCUAUAAAGACUGAUUGCCCUUCUUGAUGAUCAUAUCAUACCUACAAGUGUUAUCCUAGUGAGAGAAGAUGACAAAAUUAAAGUCAAAUAGAAGGCAUAAUCUAGUAGGUCUGGGAAUUGUGUCAGAGAAGCUAACUAAGGAUAACUUUAUAAGCUGGAAAAAUUGCUUGACAAAUUAUUUGGUUGGGAAUGGGCUUUGGGGUGUUGUCUCUGCUCAGGAGAUUGAACCAGAUAAGACAAAUAAACAAGAGCAUGAAAAAUGGAAGAAAAAGAAUGCUUUGGCUUUGCAUGCAAUUCAACUUUCAUGUGGACAAGCAAUAUAUUCGAAGUUUAAAAAUGCCGACAUUAAUGCUAACUACGUAUGGACUCAGUUGGCAGAACAAGGAGAUCAUGACAAAGAAAGUCGAGUCGAAGAUAAUGGGUUGAGCGAGUACCUUGAAUACGGGCCCUUAUACGAGGCAAUUGAAAAAGGUAAUUGGCAUGAUAUAGAAGGUUUCUUUCAGGAAAAGAAACUACCAUUUACUGAAAGUGUUUCAUCACACAAAGAGACAGCUCUACACAUGGCAACUUUAUCUGGACAGACUGAAAUUGCGAAAAAACUUGUAAAAUUGAUGGGCCCAAAAGAGUUAGAAUUGAAAAAUGAACAUGGAGCUACAACCUUAUCUUUUGCUGCAAUCUGUGGUGCGACAGAACUGGCUAAGGAAAUGGUAAGCAAGAACGAAGAAUUAGUUUCAAUAGAAACUGCAGGCCAAGAAUAUGGGGAACUUCCUGUGAUGGUGGCUGCAUUGUAUAGACAGAAGGGCAUGGUUCAUUAUUUAUACAAUAAGACGCCAAAAGAUGUGCUGAGUCCUGAAAAGGGUGCAAAUGGAGUCACACUACUUAAUUAACUUAUUAGUGCUGAUAUUUAUGGUAAGUGAAUGCAUAAUGUGGAGUCUAAUCAUGCUCUAUGAGGAUAAAGCCCCUUGGGAUAUUGCCAUGGAAUUGUACCACGGGUGAGAUGGCAUAUUAAGAUUGGUAAUGUUAAAAUAAUUUUUUGUCUAACUGCCAAUCAGAGUUUGCUUAGUGUGAAUUUAAAAUUCCAUGGCAAUGUAGCAUGAUCGGCUCUCUGUUAAUUUCGUCAAUUGUAGAUAAACGUAAUAGUAAUGCGUAUACAUAGGAUUUUCAAUUUUGUUGAUGGUAGUUUUGUUUCACAACGUGCUUCUCCAAUUGAGCAUGAAACACUGAAAAUUUCUGUUUGGAUACAACUUAUAAUAUGCUUAAUAAACCUAGUUAAAGUCAAGCAUUAAUUUGAAUCAUUACUUUCAAAAAUUUAGUGGGUCCCAGUACUAUUCCUCUUUAUAAAUUGAUUUAUAAGUUUGUCAAAUGGAGGCUAUAUGUUUUUUGAUUUUGUUUUAGUAAAAGUUGCUAUCGCAAUUGAGAUUUGGGCUUAAUUCUCUAGAGAUGUAUACCUAAUUCUAGCUAUUUUGUUACUGUAGACGUUGCUUUGUUGCUAUUGGAAAAGUAUCCACAGUUGGGUGUUAUCCCAGAUGUUAAUGACAAUUACGCUCUCAAAUUAUUGGCUCAAAGGCCUUCUGCAUUUCCUAGUGGGAUUGAACUUUCAUUUUGGGAAAAAUUGAUCUAUUACUGUGUAAGAGUACAUGAAGAGCAUGUAGAAAUGCAAACAUCAAGUACUAGUCAUGAUUACAACAUUCAAAUUCCUGAAUCAAACGACGAAGAUUUGGCAGGAAUGAUGGCACAUGGUGGCCUAACUAUAACUACUCGAGCUCUAGAGUUGGUACGCAAAUUGGGUUGGGUGAUAUUGCGAUCCAUUGUUCCAGGGAUCCGUUACAUAUACCGAAGGAAGUCAGUCCAUGUCCAAGUUAGGAAAUUCCUGAGGAUUGUGUUUAAAAAAAUGUUACAAUUGAGCAAACCAGAGCUCGAAAAAAUGGACUUGGAUAAAAUAAUAAAUGAUGCCAUAAAGAAUGGAAUUUUUGAAUUGAUAGAUGAAAUGAUUAAAUGUGCACCAGAAAUUAUAUGGAGAAAAGAUAAAAAAGGGAGAACAAUUUUUUCGAAUGCAAUUAUAUCGCGUCAAGAGAAGAUUUUUGGCCUCAUAUUUACUUUAGGAAAAGAGAAGUGUUUAAUGGGAAUGAGGUAUGAUAUUUUUGGCAACAAUUAUUUACAUCUUGCUGCAAAAUUGUCUCCUCCUUCUCGACUUGAUAUUGUAACUGGAGCAGCACUACAAAUGCAAAGGGAACUGCAAUGGUUUAAGGAAGUUGGGAGCAUGGUACAACCCAAACUCAAAGAGGAACUAAACAGCCACAACAAAACACCGAAAGUUUUAUUCACUGAAGAGCACGAGAGGUUAGCCAAAAAAGCCGAGGACUGGAUGAAAAAUACAGCAGGGUCAAGCAUGAUAGUGGCAACUCUAAUUGCUGCUGUAAUGUUCACAACAGCUUUCACAGUACCAGGUGGUAAUAAAAAUGACACAGGAAUGCCAACAAUGCUAGAAACUCAAAGGAUUCCCUUCUUGAUUUUCAUGAUUUCGAAUGCCCUGUCGAUGUUCAGUUCAAGUACAUCACUGUUGAUUUUCUUCGGAAUUCUUACAGCGCGUUAUGCAGAAGAUGAUUUUCUUAAGUCCUUACCGACAAAAUUAAUAUCAGGACUGACGAGUUUGUUCCUUUCGAUUGUUACCAUGAUGGUAUCCUUUGGUUCUGCAUUGUAUUUGAUCCUUCAUGAGAAUUUGUCUUGGGUCACGGUUCCUAUCAUCGUCCUUACAACGAUUCCAAUAGUUCUUUUCUCUAUCUUGCAGUUUCCUCUCUUGAUUGAGAUGACCCAACGUACUUAUGGAGCCGGGAUAUUUGAUGAAUAUACGAAGAAAUCCCGUUUUGCUAAGUUCAGAGCAUGUUUGAUAAGGAGGAAUCCAUUGAGGAACAAAAGACAUUAAAAAUUUUAUAGGUCUUACUAUAGAGUACUUUGAAUAAGGUGUCCCAAAUGUGUUGUUAGCUCAUUUUGGUUUCUGUCAUUUUAAGUAAUGAUGUAUCCAUGGUGUUUUUUCUUAUGAACAAUUCUUGUAUUGGAUCUAAUUGAGUGUCUCGUAGAAUUCCGUUGUUUGAAGAGUCAUCUUGAAUUCUUAGUAUGUACAAAUAGAAGCACAUGUAGCAAUAUUUUGUAAUGCAAAUACGAAGUGAAUUUUAGAUUA